GACAUUUCAAAUAAAUUUGGCAUCUCUGUUGACAAGAAAAAGGAAUCAUUCUUUUCCAGUUGUUCGUCUUUGAGAUCACCGUCGAAAAGAUUCCAUUUGUAAAAGGAAUACUUUUAUCUUUGAAGAGAUCCUCGAGGAAUUGUAUCUGAAACGUGAUUUCAUUUCUAAUCGCGUGUGAAAAAUUUUCCUGAUCACUCAAGAAAACCAAAAUGGCUUUCAGUCAGAAAAAUCCACCAUGGCAGCGUAAUACCGGGCAGAACAUUGCCGGUAUGCAAGCAAUUGUAAGCUUUCAACAAGCGCAACCUGUGUUCAAUCAAAAUCUUGCAUUGCAACAACAACAGAAUUUGCAACUGAUGCCGCAGAUGGGAUUAUCGCAGCAAUCAAUAUAUUCGCAGACAGUUCAAUAUCCAACGUCACGGCCCAUGAACACUAUUGCGUUUCAAAAUCAACCGCAGGCUCAAACGUCUCCACAGGUGAAUCAAACUACGUCAAAAUUUAACCCAAAUCAGCGCGUGUUCAGUGGAACCGGUCAUAUCACGAAGGUGCAGAAUGAGUUUGGCUUCAUCGACGAAGAAGUGUUUUUCCAUAAAAAUGUCUGCAAAGGUGCAUUCCCUAAAGUGGGCGACCGCGUAUUGGUUGAGGCAGCUUACAAUCAAAAUAUGCCUUUUAAGUGGAAUGCUACACGAGUACAGGUACUGCAGGCUGCUUCAUCAUCCAGCAGCAUCAAUCAGCCGAGACAUGUUUCUAACUACAGCUCGAGCGGUGACCGAUCCGGGCGCAACCGAUAUUCUCCACGAAAAUCGCCGGAACGUCAUGGACAUCGUUCUACGAAUCAUGAUUCUCGUCAGAGAGACGUUGACGAUGACGAUCGUCGUCGGCGCCGUGAUGACAGGGAUAACGACCGUUACCGUGACAAGCGUGACCGCACGCCUGAGCGUGAUCGUAAAGAUCGUGAAAGAAGCCCAAUUCGUAAGAUUUCUCCGAAACGUAGGAAGGUUCGUCCAAUUCCCCGUUAUAUGGUCCAAAUGCCUAAGCAAUUGUUAACACUCAAAACUGUUGAUAUUUUGGAGCUUCGUCGUCGCUACCACACACUUUACGUUCCAUCUGACUUCUUCACAUCAGAGAUACAUUGGGCUGAAUCGUUCCCACCCAACGAACCGUUUUCAAUAAAAAAGCCUUGCGCCUUUCAUGUAAUGCACAAGGAUGUGGAACCACUUCAGUCGACGGAUAACAAUCUUGAACCGCCAGAUGCGGAUUACCUAUACAGUGCCAAAGUGAUGCUGAUGAGCACUCCUCCAAUGGCUGAAAUUUAUCAAAAAAGUUUUGCCACUACUGAAGAACGUGACCGUUGCGAAGAUGAGCGGGAUUUCAUGCAUCCCACGAGAUUGAUAAAUUUUCUAGUGGGCAUUCGAGGAAAAAAUGAAACAAUGGCUAUUGGCGGAGCAUGGUCGCCUUCGCUGGACGGAGAAAAUCCUCAUUCUAAUCCGAAUGUGCUCAUAAAAACAGCCAUUCGCACUUGUAAAGGUCUCACUGGAAUUGAUCUGUCCAAUUGUACCCGUUGGUACCGUUUCGUGGAGCUCUAUUAUCGUCGUUCAGAAACCUACCACAAGGGUCGUUUGAUUCCAGCACGUGUUGAAACGGUGGUUAUCUUUCUGCCCGAUGUACGUUCCUGUCAGCCAACACCAGUCGAGUGGGAUGAGCAGCGUCUUAGUUACAAAUCGCGCUUAGAGCGUAUAGUUAAUAAUCAGAAUUCUGACAGUGCGACGAACUCUACGGCAGCAGGUGGGGAAUCGUCGACGUCACAGAUUCCAGCUGAAGGCGCAACCAUUGGCAGUUCCUCCGAGGCCGAUACAGUUUCCUCUGACCGUGUAGCAGCAUCCAGCACGAACGAGGUGGAUUCCGAACCCGCCGCCAAGGAUAAGGAUACUCCAAAUGAUCAACCGUCAUCUUCCGAGUGUGCAGAUAUCAAGCUGGCAGCAGAAGACAAUCAAAAGGAAAGUGCCGAUGAAACUAACGUGAAUGCUGAUACGAAGGAUAAUUCAACCAAUGCGACAACAAAGGUGGAUUUGAAGAAAAUGAAGGUAGCUGAUUUAAAGAUCGAGCUUGAAGCAAGGAAUCUUUCGACCGAUGGUAUCAAGAACACUCUAGUGGCUAGAUUAUCCAAAGCUUUAAAACAAGAAGAAUCAGCUGAAAGCAAUAAGGAUGCUGCUGAAAAUGAACCAAUAGAACAGGAAACUCAAAUCGAAGGGAAAUCAGGAAAAGUAGAAAAAGAAGAGGAGGAGUUUGAAACUAUGGACAACAUAGACAUGUCUGAGGUGACAGUAAUUGAUGAGUACGAUUCAACUAAGGUUGAAGAAAAAUCGAACGAUGAAUCAUCGAAGAAACCGGAACCGGUUAAACUCAGAAUGAAAGAGCGUCAGUUAUUGGAGCGACGAUAUUCCCUCCCAGAACAACCGCAUAUUAUCGUGCAUCCUUCCCGUACAGCGAAAUCUGGUAAAUUUGAUUGUGCAGUUAUGUCAUUGUCUGUUUUGCUUGACUAUCGUCCAGAGGAUACUAAGGAGCAUUCUUUCGAAGUGUCUCUAUUUGCUGAGCUUUUCAAUGAGAUGCUCACCCGCGAUUUUGGCUUUAAUAUCUACAAGGCUCUCUAUUUGCUACCAGCUAAAAACGAAGACGAUCCCAAAAAGGAAACAAAUAAAGAAGGUGUUAAGGAAGGCGAGGUCAAGAAAACCGUCAAUGAUGGAAAAACAGAGGAUACGGAUGUUGAGCCAAAGAAAGACGAAAAUGAUGACAAAGACAAGGAGCGUUCCAAAGAACGUGAUCGCGAUUCACGAAAACGAUCUCGCAUGGACGACACCUCAGAUGAAGAUCGCCGUCGUCGCGAGAAAGAGAAGGAAAGGGAACAGGUUUACACUGCUGAUCGAGAGCUGUUAUUGUCAUUUACAUACUUUGACGUUAGUCACUGUGGUUAUGUAUUCGAUAAAGAUAUUGAAGACUUGCUCUAUACACUGGGUUUAAAUUUGUCUCGCUCACAAAUUCGCAAACUGAUGUCGAAGGCGAUUACCAGAGAUGCAUUAUACUACCGGAAACUGACCGAUAAGCCCAAGAAUACAGUCGAAGAUAAAGAAGAACUUGCAACAGAUGAGACUGUUUCUGAUACAAAGCAAACAGACGACAAAGCUUCCAUAAAUGAAGAUAAACAUAACAAUGAAAUUAUCAGUGAAGAUGAAUUGAAUAACAUAGUUAUUGGAAAUAACAAUUAUAUGCAGCAACUUAAAGCAAAUCUUGAACUGAUAUUAAACACAUCAGAUGACGGGGAACCAGAUUCCAAACGAAUUAAAAUGGAAUCAGCAUCAAAAAACGAUGAGGAUGUACCUCACACAUGUGGUGGUUUGGUUGUACACAACGGGGGUGUACUGGACAUACCCAAGAUGCUGGAACAAAUCAAAAGAUCAGAAAAAAUCCGCGAAGACACUGAACUUCUCUUGAUUGACUUACGUCGUCAGAAUGCGGAUCUGCUGAAAAAUAACAACCGUGCUAAUGAUAAAAUAAAAGAUCAGUCAGCGGACCUUAAAAGCCUUUCCCGGAAACUUAUUGACGCAGAACAUAACCUGCGUGAGUUAACGAAAAAAGCUAACGAAUAUUUCUCAACACUAUCGAGUGUCUACGAUCGAGUUAGUGUGGUUAUGAAUCGCUCCGAAGGGAAACGAUCUUCUUCGAUAUCCUCUUCGAAACGUGAAAGUGUGCGUGAGCACUCGAAUCGAAAGGACGCACGAUCCAAGGAUAAAGAAGCGGAGUCUGCUAAAGACAACACAGAAAAAAAUAAGGCUGAUAAAAAAUCUGGAGAAUCUUCUGAUGUGGACGUAGCUAAAACAAACAGCGAGACCAAGAUGAUGGAAAGCCACGAUGCAAAUAAACCAGAGGACACUGAUGCUAAUAAAAAAUCUCCUGGUAAGGAUGUUCCGGAGAAAGGGCAGCCAUCCAACGAAAAGCCUAUCGACUCAACUAUCACUAAUGAGGAAAAGUAAUGCGAUUUUUUCGCAAUAUGAUUAACAAUUAAAACAUUUAUAUUCUGUUUCUCAAAGAAUACAUCAUCUGAAUUGGUAUGAAUUAAAAUAUA